UCCGUGGAAGGAAUAUCUUUAUUCCGGGAAUCAUUCACCCGGAGUGUUCCCGGUGAUUUUCCGCUGAGCACCCGUGGCCUGCGAAUGGAUAACGGAGCCCUAAGCGAAAGGCUCCACCUCAGCAACUUUGGAAAUAUCUCAUCCACCGGAGCAGAGGAAAUCUCGAAAUAGUUCGCUUCCACGCCUAACGACAAAUAUCACGAUAUUCGAGCAAAUUCACGACACACUCGACACAAUGGGCCCCAAAGCUGCCGCGAAGAAAGGAGGUGCCUCCAAGGCGCCCAAGGGCCUCAAGCAGGCGAAAGCCGCUGCUAAGUCCGCCCUCCGAGGUGACAACUCCCACAAGAAACGCAAGGUCCGGACCUCGACCACUUUCCGCCGGCCUAAGACCCUGGAGCUGUCGCGUUCGCCUAAGUACCACCGCAAGUCGUUCAACCACGAGCCGCGACUCGAUGAACACAAGAUCAUCAUCCACCCGCUCAACACCGAGAGCGCGAUGAAGAAGAUUGAGGAGAACAACACGCUGGUCUUCAUCGUCGACCCCAAGUCCAACAAGGCCCAGAUCAAGCUGGCCCUCAAGAAACUUUACGACAUCGAUACCAUCAAGAUCAACACCCUCAUCCGACCCAAUGGCUCGAAGAAGGCGUACUGCCGCCUGACCCGCGAUGUAGAUGCCCUCGACAUUGCGGCCACGAAGCUCGCUCUCGUCUAGAUGGGCCGUUUCCGGAGGAGGAGGGGACAUCGGGUUUAUGCGACGGUUUACGGGUGGUGCUCACCAACGCACGUCAAUCACAAGGAUUGUUUCGCAGAUGAUGCUGGUUGUAAGAGCAUCUCGAGUUGGACGGACAUUUGCAUUUGG